CUGUCCGAUUUGUUCGGUGUUCGAAUUUUACGCAGCUGCAAUAUCGCCCGUUCCAGUUCUGUUGUAAUUGACACAAACGAUGACGUGGGUAACUCGAUCUUGUACUACCCGGCGCGGGACCGACUGAGUCCGCAUUACUUAGAAAUGUCGUUCACGAUACCGGCGUUUUCUCAGUGCGACUUGUCCAUUGAAUUCGAUAAGGCGAUGCUACGAUGGACAGAAUAUCCGCCGGACGCCCACCACGGCUUUCACGUGCCUGCACCCAUGGUCACUCAAAAAAGUACAGUGCAGUCUCUAAUUCUUCUCGUUACCUUGCCAACGCCUGACUUCAGCAUGCCGUACAACGUCAUCUGCCUGGUUUGCACCGUAGUCGCCCUAGCAUUUGGUCCGAUUCAUAAUCUGACAACGAAGCGCAUGCAUGCAACAGCUUUGUGGAAUUUGGUUACGUUGAAUACAUAG